GAUGGUUCAAACAGUUCAAACAAGAUUGAACUUAAAAUGUUCGGCCUUUGGUAAGGCAUCACUGCAUUUAAUUCAGUUGAGACACGUCGUCAAACGUCCGACGUGUUUCCUGAGAAAGACCGGUUGAAGCGAUGAGUCGAAAAGGCAGCUGGAAAGGUGGCGGCAAGGGAUGGCAUUCUGAUGGGGACGAGACCACUGUAGUUCUCACAGGUGUGCCCAAGACCUUAAAUGCCGAAAUUCUGCUGGCACUUCUGGAUGAGGAAUAUCUUGGUUGCUAUGACUAUUUCUAUUUACCCAUGGACAUGGACAAGUUUGAGAAUACCGGCCUAGCAUACAUCAAUUUCCGAGACCAUGACAAGGCGGUGGAAUGCCAGCGGCAUUUUGCAGGCUACAGCGCUUGGCCCGGAGGGCAUUUCAGUGAACGCACCUGCAGGGCUCAAUGGUCCUCUAUCCAGGGAUAUGAGGCGAACAUCCAGAAACAGCAAAAGUUGAAUGAUUGGGUGAAUUCCAACAUCCCUGAGGAUUGCAAGCCCAUGGUCUUUGAUGAAUAUGGAACCCGCCUGCCCACCAUGGACAUUUUUCCGCCCUGGGACUCUCAGGUCUAUCACGGAUGGAGGAGCUCCGAAACGCCGGGAAAAGCUCACGUCACCGGCGUCACCGCUUCAGGUGAUAGUUCACGUGAUGGUUCAGGUGAUCGCUACCGGCCGUGGAAAGACGAGUGGAUGUCUCGUGGCAGUGGCAACGGUGGCGGCUACCGGUCUGACGAAUGGAGGAACAGCCCUUGGUCCAGCGACUGGUCUGGUGGAUCUCGGAAAGAGCGAUGGUCUGACAGCUGGCGCAAGGAGAACUACGACAAUGAUAACUAUGAGAACUAUGAGAACUAUGAGAACUAUGAUCGCAAGUGGGAUCGUGACAAACAUGGUUCGCAAUGGGAAAGAUCAGUCCGCUGGGUUGGCUGGAAUGGACAUGAUGAGUAUGAUGAGUGGUCCAAUGGCCAGAAUGGCCAUAAUGGCCAGCAUGAGAGUCAGAGACAAGUUGUGAUGGAAGAGACCUCAAAUGAAAAUGCAGCCUGGCCUUGGCAAGGCUAUGCCAAUUAUAUAGCCGCUGAGGGACUUCGGGGACUUCCGGGACUUGCGGGACUUCCAGCAAGGCCUGCUGAAGAUACUGAGACGGAGGAAGCAAACAUCAAACCUUGGAGUCUUCAAGCAGUGGAAGGUGCUGGGUAUACAGUCUCGAAGGACACAGGAGAUCUCAAUGCCAAGUUUUCUGAAGUUUUCCAAAAUGAUCCGGAUCCAAAAGCUUCAAGCGAACUCCCAACCUCUGAAGCUGACAAAUUUUGUGAACCAGAAGCUUUGGCUUCACUGGUGGCAGUGACGAGAUAUGCCUGCCCCUGCUGCAAUACUUGCUUUGCCAAGUGGUCCGCAUGCCAAAAUCACAUUUUCAGUACGGCAAAGUGUCACAAGGAAGUGGUGAAUGGCCCUGAGGCAGAUGUUACAGACCUUCAGGCCCGGUGCAAGGGAAAGGCAGAGGAAUUGCCACCUGAGUUGCUGAAUGGCCCGAGUGGCCCGAAUGCUUCUGAUAUGGAUGUCACUACCCGACGUUUUCAGUGAAGCUGCAGUUGGCAGCGCUUUUUUCGAUUGCGGAAAUGCACUUAGGUGCGGUGCUAAUUUGUUUCAUCCCCGCAUUGGCAACUUUGAAAUGAACAUCUCAUCACCAUGACUUAAAAGCGACAAAA